AAUAUAUACAUGGUGUCCAUUGUCCAAGCCCUCCUUCAAGGAUCUUACGGCUCCUCUUGAUCUGAUCUCUCCUCCUGCCGACGGCCGUUUCCUUAUUUCUUCACGUACAUGAUCUCCUAGUCUUUUCUUUUCCAUGACUCCCAAGACAAUACUUCCAGCUAGCUCUUUAUCUUUUGAUCUUCUACGCCAGAUACUAACGCAACCGCCCAUGCCAGUACACCAUUGAAAGACGAGACGAACACUCAAAACGAUUCGUGGUAUUUUUCAAAAUCAAGCUGCAAGCUGUCCUAUAUUAUUUUUUCAAUGCUGUACAACGACCCGUGGAGUUAGAACUCAGCCGGUUUUCAACUGGCCUGCGGGCGGUUUCUAGAGGAGUACCUCUACCUUACGCUCAUUUUAUUCGUGGUGUACGUCGGCAUUAAUUGGUAUGAACGGAGCAUGAUUUCUUUGAAUCUUCUAAUCUAUAUCUAGUUUUUAUUUCUCGAUGAAUUUGCGGCCAUUUUGUCUUUUUCUUGAGAAUUAAUGAGUAAUAAUGUACUCUUGUUUAAAUCUAGCUAAUUAUCCUUUUUUAUAUUAGUUUCAAACAAUGAAUCACUACUUCUCUUUCUUUUUCACUAUUCCAACAACCCAUGCAUCAUCAAUAUAAUUUAGCUCGUGAAUAAUUGAGUCAUAGUGAUCGAACCUAUGUACCUUGAGUUGAGAGCAAAGUAACAUGCAUGGCAGUAGGAAAAUGAUGUGUUUAAUUUUCAUUUUUUAAUUUGAUUAAUGGAAGCGGAUUAGCUCUACCAAACCCACUAGGUUAGUACCCCAUGCAUAUUGCAAGGAUUAGGUUAAAUAUUUUUUUAAGGCGUCCAGUGAAAAAUGACGUUCUGACAAUUUCGUCGCCUCUAAACAUCGAAAAUCACUUCAUAUUUUAUCAUAUAAAUAUAAUAAAUUUACACUGGAUGCCCAACUUGUGAGGGUUUCCCUCUAUUUUAUUAUAUAGAUGCCUUUUCUAGAUAAUAUUAAGAAAUAAUAGAUCGAACCCCAAAAACAAGGUGAUGACUUUACUUAAUUAAAUGGAAAACCCAUGUGAAUGAGAUGGCCAAGUCGAUCGUGCUUUUUUAUCGGAUGGGAUCAUAGGAAGCCACGUUGUUGACUUUGUCUUUUAGAGUUGUCCCGCAUGACCCGCAUAGCUAGGCUGCACUAUUCUUCCUCGUGCCUUCUUAUUAUUGAUUUAUUUUCAUCAACUUUUAAUAAGUUGGACGAACUUUCAUCUAACUUUCAAAUCCAAUGGCUAAAAAGUCGGUGUUCAAUUAUUAAUAUUCAUAUAUGGUAGUCGAUCUAGAGCAAGCUAGCUAGAUAACUUGCAUUGGCUCGUUCAUUAUAAAGAUAAUAUUUAGAUCGACAGAAAAUUCAAAUUAGUUUGGUCAAUGUAGAAAAUCCAAUUUAAAAAACUUUUAUCUCCCUUCCUAGCUACUGGCAAACAAAGAAAAAAUAACUUGGAAAGGUUGACAAGCAACCACUUUCACAAUUAGAGAUUUUCUUGAUGACAAGGAUUUUGAGGAAUCAACAUCAGUGUAAUAUUUGCUUUACACAUUCAACAUAUGCUUAUUUAUUAGCAUUCGUCCAAACUUUGCUUAAUUAUUGAAUUUCAAAUUACUAUGUUUUAAAGAAAUCCCAGGACUUACUGUCACAAUUUCACAUGCAAAGCUUAUUAUAAUACGUUGGCUAAUUAUAUCACUAAUUAAUCUUAAAGCUAGUUGCUAAAUAUUAGUAUUAGCAGUGAAAUUAAUGCACCGAAAUAGAAUCCUAAUUAUAUCACUAAUUACUAAUUAGCAAAAUUUUAAUUUCAAAAAGCUUAAUUAAUUCCCCGAUAAAAUUCCCCACGUGUGGUCUUCAUUACAAAAUAAACUCGAUCGUCAGCUUCCAAAAUUGACAAUGUGCAUGAACAUUUUGAGAUAAGUAUUUUUGUUUCCAUUUUUAUUUUUAUUUUUCGAGUUGGCAUGAGCUCAGAUCGAGAAAAGUCUUGCGGAGUUCGAUUAUAAAAACAUAAGCCUUUGCUCUUUAACUUGGCACCAAAAGCAGCCAUGGCUUCUCUCUCAACUCAAUCACCCUCCACUAGCAUCAACACGGUGGCCGCUGCCACCACCAACUUCUCUUUCUAUCCAACCUUUCCAAAAAGAACCCAGAUUUCAAAAUUUGGAAAGCGGAACCUUCGCCUUGCUCCUGGAGCACUGUCAUGCAGAGCCGCAAACAAUGACCAAAACCUUACGUCUAGCUCCAAAGAUGGACAGCCUUCUCAAGGGAAGUUCGACAGGAGAGAUGUCCUCAUUGGCCUAGGAGGACUCUAUGGUGCUGCUGGUCUUUACAAUGAUCCUUUUGCCUUGGCAGCUCCCGUGUCAGCACCGGACAUAACAAAGUGCGGCAAGGCAGACUUUCCGGCCGGCGCAAAACCAACCAACUGCUGCCCACCACCAUCCACAAAGAUCAUAGAUUUUAAGCUACCUACCAAGAACUCCCCCUUGCGUGUUAGGCCUGCUGCUCAUUUGGCUGACAAGGAGUACAUAGCCAAAUAUAACAAGGCCAUUGAGCUCAUGAAAGCCCUUCCAGCUGACGAUCCACGUAAUUUCACACAACAGGCUAAUGUCCAUUGCGCCUAUUGUGAUGGGGCCUACGAGCAAGUUGGUUUCCCAAACCUUGACAUCCAAGUACACAAUUCUUGGCUCUUUUUUCCAUUCCAUCGCUACUACUUGUACUUCUAUGAGAAGAUCUUGGGAAAGUUGAUUGGGGAUCCCACCUUUGCCUUGCCAUUUUGGAACUGGGACGCUCCUGCUGGCAUGCAAUUGCCAGCCAUGUAUGCCGACCCCAAGUCACCACUCUAUGAUGCUCUUCGCAACGCCAAUCACCAGCCACCGACCCUGAUGGACCUUGACUAUAACGGUACUGAUGUGGCAACAACAAAUCAAGACCAACUCUCUAGCAAUCUCAGCAUCAUGUACAGGCAAAUGGUAUCCAAUGGCAAGAAUGCCAAGCUAUUUCUCGGCAGCGCUUACCGUGCUGGGGAUGACCCUGACCCAGGUGCCGGCUCUGUAGAGAAUAUUCCCCACGGUCCUGUCCACAUAUGGACUGGUGACAAUACCCAGCCUAAUUUGGAGGACAUGGGAAACUUCUACUCGGCUGGUAGAGAUCCAAUCUUUUUCGCUCACCACUCCAAUGUUGACCGAAUGUGGGCCGUAUGGAAGACAUUGGGAGGAAAAAGAACUGAUUUCACAGAUUCAGAUUGGUUAAAUGCAGGAUUUCUCUUCUACGAUGAAAAUGGACAGGCUGUUCGUGUUAAGGUUAAGGACUGCCUUGACACCACCAAGUUGGGUUAUGUUUAUCAAGAUGUUGAUCUUCCUUGGCUAAACUCUAGGCCGACUCGCAAAUCUAAGCUCAAGAAAGUGGCGAAAUUUAUUCGUUUAGGGCAUCAUGGGGAUGAAGCAAUUGCAGCUGAAACAUCCCCAAGCGUCAAGUUCCCGAUUGUUUUGGACAAGGUGAUAAGUACUGUGGUCGCUAGGCCCAGGAAAUCGAGGAGCAAGAAAGAAAAGGAAGAAGAGGAGGAAGUGUUAGUGAUUGAAGGCAUCGAGUUUGAUAGAGAUGCGCCGGUGAAGUUCGACGUUUUUAUAAAUGAUGAGGACGACUCGCCUACCACUAGGCCAGACAAGACGGAGUUCGCAGGAAGCUUUGUGAACGUACCGCAUAAGCACAAACAUGGUAAGAAGAUGAACACCAUCUUGAGGUUGGGGAUCUCUGACUUGUUGGAGGACUUAGAUGCUGAAGGCGAUGACACUAUUGUGGUGACUUUGGUUCCACGGUAUGGGAAAGGGCUGGCCUCCAUUGGUGGGAUCAAGAUUGAGCUAAGUGAUUGAAAUCCUCAACAAUCAGUAGUACUGUUGUGGUAAUUUCCAUUCAUCAUGGUCUGCUCUUGAUCUUUUGUGUUAAUUCCUACCCGGUAUUUCUUGCGAAAUUGUGGUACGUUAUUAAUCGACCAAUCGGGCUAUUUUCUUUAAAUUAUCCUGUAAUUGGGCAGCAGCUUGUCUAUCUAAUAAAAUCAUCUACAUGAUCUUGUCUUUGUUCA